CCUGCUCUCUGAUGUCCCCCCACUGCGAUUGCCGGGAUGUACACAUCAACUGUACAGGAAGAGGGCUGACACAUGUACCGGUAGACGCUGAGAAAGAGAUAACUUGGUUUUACCUUGGAAGCAACAACCUAAGUGAGACGAUGAACAACCAAACAUUCAUUCAUCUCGACAGGCUCAUUUAUCUAGAUCUGAGCAACAACAGCAUUGUUUACCUUCUUCCUGGAAUGUUCGCCACUCUCUGGCAACUGUCAGUGCUGGACCUCCACAACAACCAACUCACUCGCCUGGCUAACGGCUCCUUCACCGGUCUGGCGUCUGUCAAAGGCCUACACUUACAAGGCAAUAAGAUAGAGGUAUUGGAGACAAUGGCAUUCUACGGCUUGACAUCGCUGAAGACGUUAGACUUGAGUGAACAAAGUAUUAGAAUUAUUGAACCUGGAGCAUUUGUGGGUCUCAGAAGCUUAAAUGGGCUGGACCUUUCGAAGAACCAAAUCAGAUUUUUAGAGCAAGGAUCGCUGAGAGGGAUGCCGCAACUAUUCUUCCUGGUUUUGGAUGGAAACCACAUCAAAGCUAUCGAGCAAUCGGUGUUCCUGGGUUUACCAACACUCGACAAGUUGGUUACUGAUGAGUUUCGGUUCUGUUGCCUGGCGAGACAUGUCCGACUCUGCCUUCCGCCCCCUGAUGAGUUCAGCAGCUGCGAGGAUCUGAUGAGCAAUCUCGUCCUGAGACUGUGUGUCUGGCUGCUAGCAGGCAUUGCAAUCGUGGGAAACAUUCUCGUCAUUGUUUGGCGGAGCGGCUAUAGCUAUUGCAACCAGGUGCAUUCAUUCCUAAUCACCAACUUGGCCGUGGGUGAUCUACUCAUGGGCUCCUAUCUACUCACAAUAGCUCUCGUAGAUCGUCACUACCGCGGAGUCUACUUCAUAUACGAUUCCGCCUGGAGAUCUAGUCGUUAUUGCGCAAUGGCUGGAUUUCUCUCCACAUUCUCCAGUGAGUUGUCUGUCUUCACCCUUACAGUAAUCACUCUCGAUCGCUUUCUCGUGAUCAUCUUUCCAUUCCGCGUCCGUAGGCUGGAGAUGACUCGUACCAAGCGGUUGAUGCUGCUGGGCUGGCUUUUGGCUGCUUUACUCUCCGCACUACCACUGAUGCACAUCAACUAUUUCCACAACUUCUACGGCCGCUCAGGCGUGUGUCUAGCGUUGCACAUCACCCCGGACAAGCCCAACGGUUGGGAAUACUCUGUCUUUGUGUUCUUGUUCCUGAACCUCCUCUCCUUCAGCGUGAUAGCAGCGAGCUAUCUCUGGAUGUUCGUGGCGGCCAGGACCACUCAGCAGGCCGUGUCUCGGGACCGCCGCACCAACGAGGCUGCAAUGGCCUGGAGGAUGUCCUUGCUGGUAGCGACAGACGCUGCCUGCUGGGUACCUAUUAUUGGUCUCGGUCUAUACUCCCUGGCUGGGUUUACCGUUCCUCCACAGGUGUUCGCGUGGGUGGCUGUGUUCGUGUUACCGCUGAAUGCUGCAGUAAACCCUGUCCUGUACACUUUGUCCACCGCACCAUUUAUCAACCCUGCGCGCCACGGUCUUCUGUCCUUCCGCAACUCCUGCAAGUUGUCCCGGAACACCUGCACGUUCUCAAUGCCACCAACAAGGCAUCAAGGAAGUGGCAGGGAACAGUCACAGGAAAAAUGCUUCACUAUUUCCAAGAGGACCUCUAUCAGGUAUUGUUAAAUGUGUUAACUAGUUGUGUUAACUACUAUAUAUGGAGUAUAUAUUUCAUAGUAGCACUUGAUUGACAAGUUCUCUUUAAUCUCCCAACCGUAUUUUUGUUGCUUUAGGUGGCAACCUAGAGUG